UAGUCGACGCAUUAACACGGAACACGAACGACAGACUGUUGGCCCUGGAGCGAGAAACUAAAGAAAAACUACGGUCCAGAGAUCGAACGGGAGAGGAAUUGCGGUGUGGGCACGGAGUCGGUAUUCAUCGGCAAGUGACGGUGGCCAGGUAGAUCGGCCCGGAAAGAGGAUCGGGGCGCCCGGUACACCGGAUACGAACCUGAUCCAUCUGAAGCGCGGUGGUCCGCCGCGUUGGUGGGCCUAGCAGACGACAUGUUGGCUGCAGGGAGCACCUCGUCUCUGAUGUUUUGGCCGCGAUUUACCUCGGGGAUUCUUGAGUGAGGAGAUCGAGCGAACGUGGUGAGAACCGAGGUGCUGGGAGGAACGGAUAGACAGACGAAGAAAACAGAUACCACUCGAGGGUGUGUGUGAGAGAAGGCACACGGUUGGGUUCCCCGAGUGGUGGUUGGUGCUGUGGUUCUCGUCGUCGAGAAGCUCGCGGAGAGGGGUAGAGAGAAAGAGAGAGAGAGAGAGAGAGACAGAGUGGUACCAGCAGAGACGGAGAGGGGGAACCUGGACGAGCUCUCGAAAAAUUGGAAAGAUUCGAGGAAAAUCUGAGGAAAAUCCCAGGACCAAGAAGAAGAGGAGGGUACUUGGGGAUCCGUGGGGUACCCCCUCACGGUUCAAGAGGGACAAGAGGGAACAUUGAAAGUCUUCCUUAUCUACCGGAGAAAGAGCCUUUAGAGAGGAAAAAGCUACCAUAAGCAACGCUAAGCACCGGAGCCGAUCUAUUUUAACUUCUCGUUGUUCUGGCCGAAAGGUAGUAGGGCGGGCGCUGCGAAGUGAGGCUGAGAGAUUGCUGGUGCCUCGUCGUUGUACACGAGCGACACACGACGCCGUGUGUCCCUUCAUUCAGUUCCCUUCAGUUUCUCUAGUUGAAAACGAUUUCGUGUGUGUCGUCUCCUGUUAGCGAGUCAUCACAAGAGGCGCAUCGGACGAUAGUGCACCGUCAACCUAUUAUCCAAGUCCCGGCGUGUCUCGUUCUCCCACUCUAUCUCUCUCUCUCUCUCACGCGCGCGUGCGAGAGAGCCUCUCUCGGUGCCUCGUGCUUACUCCCUCUAUUGCAACCUGCCGCCGAGUGUCUCUCGCGCUCGCGGCCGGUUCUCGCCCAGCGUUUGAACCGAGGAUUCGUAAGUGGCAUCUCGGCCGGCCGAUACACCACACUCAGCAACAAUAUACCGGUUGGUAUAUGCCUCGUGACACACCGAAAACCGUCGACGUCGCCCAUGUCCGCCACGUAACGUUCGCCCGUACUCUUCUCGCCAGAGCGGAUCAAUUAGUGACCAGGUGUCACACUGGGCGCACUCGGCUCGUUCAGUUAAACUGAGUUUGAGAUAAAGAGAGAGAGGGAGAGGGAGAGGGAGAGAGUUACAGAGCAUCCUAGACACCAUCUCCCUGCGUUUUUUCUGCGCGAAGUUAACGUUGGACCUAGCAGCACCGUCGCCGACAAUGUGCGUGUAUUAGCUAUGGUUCCACGGGAGACAGUGAAAGAAGCCGUGAAGUGAACGUGUGAGGUGCGAUACGCGGUACGGGGUUCGAGAUAUACCGUGUACGGUAGUCUGGUGUACGAAAAAUCUAGGACCAUAGACGAACAGGGAUAAAGAUAGUCGAGGGAGAGACACCGAUAGGCGGGUGGCGAAAAGGGAAAGAGAAAGAGAGAGAGAGAGAGGGAGACGUCGAUAGAAGGUCGAAGGCUCGAGGUGUAAGCGCCGACGGUGAUAGAUUAAGUAUCGAGUGACAGACAGACAGACAGCCGGCCGGAACGAAGGAACGAAACGGACCGGUCGUAGACAUCGAAACGGAAUCUCUUCGGGAGAGGGUAGUUUUGCUACUUUUCUGAUCGAACGUCGCAUUUUGCACGCGGAAGAGAUAAACAAGCUGGCAGAGUUUGCUAGAAGUAUACCAUAGCCUCGGAGCUCUGACAGAGCAAUCUAGAGGGAGAGAGAGAAAGAGAGAGAGAGAGAGAGAGGGAGUGUGAGAAGGUAUUUUGGCGUGCCGGAGAGAUAUAUAUCUCUGUUUCUUUCGAACGCGGUGACAAACAGAGAAGCAACAGAAGUGGAAGGGAAGAGCGAAGAGGGCGAGCCGCGCGUGUCUCUCUCGUGGUGUGUCAUGGGGUGUUUCGGCAGCCAGAGCAGCAAGGCCAGCCAGGAUGAUAGCAAGAAUCAGAAGAGACGCUCGGAUGCCAUCACCAGGCAAUUGCAAAAGGACAAGCAAGUGUACCGAGCUACUCACAGGCUCCUUUUGUUGGGAGCGGGAGAAUCCGGGAAGAGCACGAUCGUCAAACAGAUGAGGAUAUUGCACGUGAAUGGCUUCAGCGAAGCGGAGAAACGGCAAAAAAUCGAGGACAUCAAGAAGAACAUCAGGGACGCGAUACUGACGAUAACCAGCGCGAUGAGCACGCUAACACCACCCGUCGCUUUGGAGGACCCAACGAAUCAGAGCAGAGUCGACUAUGUCCUGGAUGUCUCGUCCUCUCCAGACUUCGAUUAUCCCCCGGAAUUCUACGAGAUCGUCGAAACCCUUUGGAAGGACCGGGGUGUGCAGCAGAGCUUCGAAAGAAGUAACGAGUACCAACUAAUCGACUGCGCCAAAUAUUUCCUAGAUAAGGUAGCGAUUGUUAAGCAACCGGAUUAUACCCCCACGGAGCAGGACAUCCUCAGGUGUCGUGUCCUCACGUCCGGUAUCUUCGAGACGCGGUUUCAAGUCGACAAAGUAAACUUUCAUAUGUUCGACGUCGGUGGCCAGAGGGACGAGAGGAGAAAGUGGAUACAGUGCUUCAACGACGUAACGGCAAUCAUAUUCGUAACGGCGUGCAGUAGUUAUAACAUGGUACUCAGGGAGGACCCGACGAAGCUCCGACUCAGGGAGAGUCUCGAUCUUUUCAAAAGCAUUUGGAACAAUCGGUGGCUCCGCACAAUUUCGGUAAUCUUAUUUUUAAACAAACAGGAUCUAUUGGCGGAAAAGAUCAAAGCAGGCAAGCACAAAUUAGAAGACUAUUUCCCAGAGUUCGCGCGGUACCAGACGCCAGUCGAACCCGGCGUUGUCACGGACACCUCGGAACCUGCUGACGUCAUAAGGGCCAAGUACUUCAUUAGGGACGAGUUCCUGCGUAUUAGCACAGCGAGCGGGGACGGCAAGCACUAUUGUUAUCCGCACUUCACAUGCGCCGUCGACACGGAGAACAUCAAGCGGGUUUUCAACGAUUGCCGAGACAUCAUCCAGCGGAUGCACUUGCGCCAGUACGAGCUCUUGUGACUUCGUUCCUGCCGACGUGUCCUGUCACCCGUUCGCAUCGGAGUCACGAUAGCGCUCUGUCUCGUGCCGAUCAUGCGAGUCGAGCGAGUCGUACAGUUGGCGAUGAUCUGAAACGCGUUGUCGUUUGCCAGAAACGGUGGUGACUCGCGUGGAUCGCGUGGAUCGUAUCGGACCCGGGUCCGGGUCCGAUUCGGGUGCCAAUCGACGGAUCCGUGGAUCGUGGAGGGAACGCGUACAGCAACGCGAUCGACUAACGACGACAGCCUGUCGAUCUUCACUCUUCCUCGACGGAACGGUGACUCAAAGAGGGAACGUUGAUGCGCAGCCAGGUCUCCAGGGAUUUACGGGGGAGGGGGGAGGGGGUAUAUCUGUCUCGCUACGGAGAACAGCGUCUCUUUUUGCACAGAAUCGCUUUACUAAUGUCAUUGGUGUACAAGCAAAUGCCCCCACGCAUUCUAACUAUUGUUAUCGAUAUCGUUUUCCGACAGACAAAAUUUCAUCUCGGCCAGGCUUUCCGUUCUUUUGUCCUUAUCCUUUUUCGUUCAUCACUGAUCGACUAACUCCCGUUUCAGGCUCGACGGGAGUGUGCUGUGAACGUCGACAAGUAGGGAAACAAGUGCAGCCCUCCCUCCAUUGCUUCCCGUCAAACGUUUUUCCCUCCGUUGAGUCUCAUCGACAAGAGACGCUCCGGAGCAUCGGAGAUAUUCUGUCCGCUUUUUGAAUGGCUGUCAAAUUGACGGGUGUAAUACUUCGGAGGGAGGGACUGUACACCAGUGGUGUACUAUGUUCGUCGCUGAGAAACACGUGCAAUUUUACCGAUUACCUCGUUAAUUUUAUUUUUUUUUACGCAUCAAUUCGUUGAUAAGAGUGCAAACGAAUUUCGGAUGCGUUACCAAGUAACGCACGGGCUGUUCCUCGUGUCUGGCACACUCGUCGACAGUCUUUUUUUUAAUUAAUUGUCGCGGUUCGAGUUUUAGGCGUUAAGAACGUUUCCUAAAAAAGACUUAGACAAUUUUCUUCUCACGCGAUGAACAUCCUUUUUCUCGUUGAACGUUUUUUGUUCUAUUUUUCUUUGAUACUGUCUCUGUGUUUCCUUUUUUUACUCGUUUCUUCUAAUCUCUACGAUUUUUGGUUCGUUCACGUCCCAAAUACACCCCCAUAAAAACCAGAAGAAAAUCACCUUAUCCACCAUCAUCACCACCACCACCACCACCACCACUACCAUCACCACUACUACCAACCUAUUGCCAUUAUUCUUUGAUUACGAUCUCUCUCCGUGUAUUUUCUGCGAACGAAUUAAUUUUCCUCGACUUCCGAAUCUCGACUUUUAAAUCGCAUUGGCCCGACCCGUAGGAGUCUCAGCCGCACCUUUUUACAAGAAGAGUAUUUUGUGAGAUUUUACAGUAUUUCGAAGAGCGUUUUAAUUAUAUAACUAUGUAUCAAAUAUGUACAGGGUGACCGUCCACAGA